AUGGCACAUGAUAAGUCGUGGCUUCAUCAGGUUUGGAGACGAUUUCAGUACAGUUCGAUUGGUAAAACAUCCGCUCGGCCGGGAGCCUCCCGCUGGCGUAUCAAGGACGUCGUGAGGACACGCUCAGAGCGUCUGGUUGCAUGGCUGCAAAAUCGCCCAUGUCAUCAUUAUGGCCACAGAGCUCAGAUACCAGAGCUUUUCCAGCGAAGAGACCUGACACUGCUUGCUUUGUACAACGCCCGGUUACGAUUGAAAACCCCACCUCCAAAGUACCAUCAUGAUCUGCUCGAUGCGGCAGCAACACUUGGAGCUCUCGAAGUGCGGCUAGGGUAUACUUUCCAGAACCGUAUGACCGGUAUAGAAGCACUCAAAGUCACCGGGAAUGUACAUUCGCUCUAUUACGACGGGGCAGUAUACGAGACUGGAAUGAACAACCGGCUUGCGCUGCUAGGAGAUCGUGUGCUUAGCUUGGCCCUUUGCGAGAUUUGGUUUCAGACAGACCACCCAAACGGAGGAUACGCGCUCAUGAGCUCGCAGACGGUGUCUCGGGCUGCACUCGCCGUUACUGGCCACAAGCUUGGUCUACAUCUAAGCAUUUUGACUGGAGACGGGAAAGGUGUGACGAGGGACAAUAUUGCGGAGACAUUUGAAGCAAUUAUGGGUGCUGUCUACGUGGAUUCUGGUUACAACAUGAAGGUCGUCAAAGACGUCAUAGGCAGGCAGAAAAUUGACGAUCACUUCUAUCUGAAAUCACGGGAAGAAAUAAAAGAAUCCGAUAUUCUUAAAGAACCUAUCAAUCAAAAUUCCGAGACGUCAUCUUGCGAGCAAGGCACAACUGCAAGGGAUGAGCAGAACGGGCCAAUGACAUGGGCGGAAAUGGACGUGAAAAAUGUCAUACUCACGCACCCACACCGACGAAACAUAAAAAGAUUAGAAAGAUGGAUAAAUCAAGGAUCCAAUCGCGAGAAGUCAGCAAUGGCACUGAGGGCAUUGCAGAAGUAUGCUCGGCUAGUAAAACAAGGAACCAGGCCCGAUCCUAUGACUGUCUUUUCUGGGAUCGAACGAGCGGAAAAAUUGAGCUACCUCGUAGAGUCUGAAAAAGAUUCAAGUGAAUCGCAUAAAUAUGGAUUGGAGGAAGCGAAAGAAAAGAGUAUGAACUUCGGGGUAAGGGAAAAGCAUCCGGGCUUUCGACGUCUGACGCAGAUUAUGGAGCCGAAUGGUCCUGAAGAAUCAAGGCACAAACGGCAAGCUUUGCAGAGGCACGCUCACUUACCGGAACAAGGGCAGAAUCGCAAGCCUCUAAAUGUUCGCAGUGAGCUUCAGAAUGGAGUGGCACCAAGUCAAAUAGCAGACUUAAGAAAAGAUGCAAGCGAAUCUCCGGAGAAAGGACUUAGGGAAGCUGAACCAAAGAGAGUGAACACUGAAGCAGUGGAGAGGAGCGUGCGUGAGUUCUCAGAACCGAAAGUGAGCUCCUCCAAAUCCUCUUUCGAUCACGACAAUGGCAAGGUCGAGUUCGGCGCAGAGAAGCACAGAAAUCACGUCAAUAUGGUGCAAGAAUCCCAACAUACUAUGGCUAAGGAAGACGAAGCUAAAGAAGUCUACACCGUUAAUUCUAUGCCGCACAAGCGUCCUUCGACGAGAUUCUCCCCCCUCAGAUCUACUGCUACCGAGCCGAGCGUGGAGAAACUGGAACAGACCACAGUUGCGUCACACAUCGAUGCAUGGGCAUCUCUAGAUUCUGAAGCAAACACAAAACCGUUGGUUGAGUUCGCAUCGGAAAGGCCCUUUCUUGAAUCUGACAUGGAUCGUUUCUUUGGUGGUCUCUUGUACAGAGACUUUCAUGAGACGGCAGGGGAUGGUCUUCGACCCAGACGCAUUGAGCGCACUCAUAAGGCGAUCAAGUCGAACCCAAGGACAAUAAAAGAGCUUCUCUCGCUAGCCAACAUUUUUAAUAUGCGAUUGGCCAAAGGAAUGGUUGUUGUAGCCAGGCAGACGCACUUGAUCCGACUGCGGAUUCGAACGGCAGCCUCAUCAAAAGAAAAGGCACAAGUACUCCCGGUUGUCAAAAAGUGUAAGUCGGCCGAUAAUAGAAGCAGCAUGCGCACAUUGUUCGAAGCGGUCAUAAUCACAGCCAUGGAGAAUGGAUUGAGAUUUGGGUCUACGGCGUGGAGCAUAUUCGUAAGGAACUCCCUAGAGCGAGGAGAGAAAGAUCCCCAGACCGCAAAAAUCCAGUUGUGGAGAGCGAAAAAUCAAGAAGAGAUUGAGCUAUUCGGCGAAGAAAAUCGAAUGUAUUAUAAUCCAUCAGCUGUGCAGAAAGCAGCCUCCAACACUAGCACGGGACGAUCAGUGGGAGUGAAGGGUCAGCCGGAAAGUCCGACCAGCGAGUUGCGAGAACGAACAUCUGAAGGAGAAGAUCAAGGAGUCACCGCACAGAGCUUCGAGGUGCCCAAGAUAUUGAACGAGGCAGAGAAAUCUCUCACAAGCACCACAGGCAUACUACAUCGGUUCCAGGCAUUUUUGGGGUCAAAAUGA